CCUCCAGCUGGGACCUCCAGUAUACCACAAUGCCUAGUCCUCUAGCUGGGACCUCCAGUACACCACAACGUCUAGUCCUCCAGUAUCCCACAGUUCCCCGGCGUGACGGAGAGAGCGGGCAGGUGGCCAUGGCGGACUCGGACGGCUGGGACGACGAUUUCCAGACGCAGGGGCCGGUGAACCAGCCGGUGAUCAAGCCGGUGAUCGUGGACAGAUGGGAAGGCGAGGAUGAGGACGAGGAUGUGAAGGACAACUGGGAUGACGAUGAAGAGGAUAAGAAAACCCCAUUGAAACCUGUGGAAGUCAAGCCAGAAAAGAAGAAAUUAAGUGAUCGGCUUAAAGAAAGGGAGGAAAAAGAAAGGCAAUUGAAGAAGCAAAAACAGGACUUAAAAAACUUGGAGAAAGCAGCCGCACCAGUAGAACUUUCACCAGAGGAACAGCUCGCAGAAAAACUUCGACUAGCAAAGCUACAAGAACAGGCAGACCUGGAGGUAGCAAAGGACACAUUUGGCAUCAAUAAUGUAUCACAGUUUGGAAUCGACUCCAUGUACCCAACCACUAAAGAAGACUUUACAGAAUUUGGAAAGCUUUUGAAAGAAAAAAUUACGCAGUUUGAAAAGUCUGUGCAUUACGUAGACUUCUUAGAGACCUUACUUCGAGAUAUUAGCAUUUCAUUGGAAGUUGACGAUUUGAAAAAGCUGAACAACUCUUUGACAUCAUUGUGUAGUGAAAAGAUGAAACAAGAGAAGCAAAGCAAAAACAAAAAGAAGAAAAAGGCCCCCGUGCUUGCAGGUGGAUUUAAAGCAAAUCUGAAAGAUGAUCUUGAUGACUAUGGUUACACGCAGGAUUAUGAUGACUUCAUGUGAUAGUGUCCUGUGACCCAGGCUUCUUCCAGCAUGUUUUUUGCAGACAACCUCCUGGUUUCUUCUUGAGCUGCACAGAACCUUCUAUUGUUAUGGAAUCGGCUAGGACUACAGAUGCCAAUGAUAACACCAAAUUUUGUUACUGGUACCAUAAUUAUACAUUGUUGCUUGUCAGUGACACUAUGUGGACAAAGCAGCCGCAUGGAUUUGGGAGGGAGUGGGGGUGUGUGUGGUGCAGGCUGAGUUCAGGAGCGAGCAAUAUAUAUUUGAAAAAAUAUGAAGUCUUGCAGUGUCCAUGCCUCAGCAUCUAGAUUCUGACCUGAGCUGAUGUAAUAUCACGUUUAUUGUGAUACAGUAAAAUUGCAAAGUAAGAUUACUAUUUUUAAAAUUUCUUGAAUAUUGCCUGCUUUUUCCUUUCUUUGGAAACUAAAAUGGACUAAAUAGACAUUCUGAUUUUGUGCUGAUGUUAUGCUUUUGGUUGCUGGGUCAGUCCGCCUUAAAAUCUCAAUAUUCACAUGGUCCCUGAAUUGGGACCAUAGGGUGCUGGGCAUGUGACUUUCCUGUGUCAUUAUUCAUGUGACCACACCAGGGUUGAGCCUGAAUGCUCGUUCAUUUUAUUAUUUUCCUUCUCCCAACUUAAAACCAAUCUCCAAGUGCAGUUAACCAAUUUUAACAGUUUAUUAAAAGUGCCAUGGUUUAAACCUACUGAGGGAGAGGCAGGAUUUAAGAGACUAUUUAGAGUAGGAGGUCCCUGCAUGUCACUGUUUUGUAUGGUGAACUGCAGGUUGAGCUUAAGGAUUUCAUGAUCAGUAGCCAUUGUAGAUGUUUGAUCCAGCCUCCAGUGUACACAAUACUGCUAUGGCUCAGAUGCUGGAUGGAUCAUUGAAUCUAUAUUCAAGAGUAAUCUUUUUGCUGAGAUCCUGAUCGAGGCCCACCUACUCUUGGGUGAUAUAAUAAAAAGUAAAUGUCAUUCUAACAGUACAGAGGUUCUCAAUAUUCGACCUUGAGUCAACAUUACAAACACACCUGUGUGUGUUGGGGUUUGCUGUGUAGAAAUUGACUGCUGUGUUUCCUCUUCAGUAUGUCAGAAAUGCUUUGAGCUAUAAAAGGCACUUUGCCAUAAUUCGAGGCUGUGAGAAACUCUAUAAGGCAAAUCUUUUUAAGGAUGAAUGAUCUCUAACUGGUCAAAGUAGGACUGUAGAGAGGACCUACUCAUGCGUGUGGAUAGAAUCCAAUGGAAUUGGCUGACACCAAUCUCCCCCCUCUGCCUCCACCUUGUUAUCUCGGCUGAAGAAGGGUGACUACCUGAGGGACAGCUGUUUCUGUUUAUUAACAGAAUCACAUGCUUGGGUUUUCUAAUGGACAAAUACAGCCCAUUUAAUGGUCACAUCAGCAGUUUGACAUUAAACUAAAUGGCCCUUUUUUUGUUGAAAGUAUUGGAUGGGAAAGAUGAAUGCUCCUUGAAGUGUUUUUGAAUCAAUGUAUUGCUUAAUGAGGGUGAGAGCAACUAAUUAAUUUCUCCCUCCUGAAGGCAAGUGACUUGCACUAAUGGAACUGAAGUGCAGAAUCUUUUUAAAAUCUGCUGGAGUGGAAGAAAGGAAUUUGUGGCCUUUUUAUUUUCACUUAUACCAUUUUUUUGAUUGGGUUGGGAGUUUAGUUUAAAAACAUUUCCUGAACACAGAUAAAGAUGUGCUUUUUACUUCAGGACAAUCCUUUGUAAAUGGUUAAGUGCACAUAAAUGGGCAUCAGUACAGUAAAUGCUGCACUUUGCACAGAUUCUACAUUGAUCAUGAGGUUUGGUUGCAACCCAGUGUAAUUGCUUGGAAAUAUGCAUUAUUUUUGCCAUCCUGUUGCAUUGUGUAGUGGCACUCUGCAGUCUUGAGCAUACACAGGUAAUGGGAAUAGUUCUUGUAUUAAAUAUAUAUCUCCUCCCCUUUCCCAGUAAAUUCAUAUUUAUUAUACAAAACAAUUUCUCACUUGUCUGCAAAAAGGACAAUUUAUACAAUAGAUGAGUAACUUAUUUUUACAUCUCAUCUAUUGAUUAGUUGGGAAAGCUUAUUAAUGUAAACAUAAUUGGACACUUGCCAUGUUUUAGGACAAUAAAUGAAUAUAAUGUAA